AUGGGGUUUAUAUUUUCAAAAGCUAUGAAUGAAAACAUGAAAAACCAACAGGAGUUCAUGGUUACGCAUGCUGACCUUCAGCUGGAAAGGCAGCUAACACUGCAGAAUGAAAUGAGAGAAAGACUAAUGGCCAUGCAGAUUGCUUGGUCUCGGGAAUUUCUCAAAUAUUUUGGAACUUUUUUUGGCAUUGCAGCCUUCUCUUUAACAUCUGGAGCAAUAAAAAGGAAGAAGCCAGCCUUCCUCGUCCCUAUUGUUCCAUUGGGCUUUAUCUUUGCCUACCAGUAUGACUUGGGCUAUGGAACUCUUCUACAAAGAAUGAAAGGUGAAGCCGAGAACGUACUGGACACAGAAAAGAGUAAGUUGCAGCUGCCAAAAGGAACGAUCACUUUUGAAAGCCUUGAAAAAGCCAGAAAGGAACAGAGUCAAUUCUUCACAGACAAAUGAAAUCAUGUUUACCCACCAGAUAUCAAAACACAGAAUUGUUGUCUUGAAUCAUGGCUUUUGCAAUUUUUUAAAUACUCAAGAUUUUGAUAUAAUGGAUUUAAUUUUAAGAAAUUAAAAUGCAAGAUGAGUUUUGUUAAACUAUUUUAAACUAAAAUUUAUAAUAUUCAACACAAAAUCAUGGAGGUACUCUAAAUAACUCUCAGAUUUCCUACAUUUAUGUGUGUUACAAAUAUCUAAAUGUAAAAUUAAUAAACUAUAUUGUUUUGAAUUCCUGGAAACA